AUGGCGGAAAAGUUGGGCCUGUCUCUAGGCAAAGUUCGAGGAAUUUGUAAUACGCAGGCAUGCGCACUUUGUGUGGUCAUCAACUGCCACUACCCAGUGUUCUCGACGCUUGUCCCUGAGGCAGCCGUUAAGAUGGGGCCUGGAGGUUUCUAUUUGGGGACCAAACUCUGCCUUGGCCUCCCGGGGCUAAGGCUCCUGCUGUGCCUGUGGCUCUUCGCCACCACCUCGUGCGAGGCUUUCUACUUUCCCGGCCUGAUUCCCACCACUUACUGUGAGGAGGGCCAUCCUAACCCCCACUGUCUGUCAUCAAUACAAGUGUAUGCUGAUAAACUGUACUCGCUGGAAACUGUGGUGAGCUACGACUAUGAUAGCUUUGACUUCUGCAAAGAUACUUUGAAGAGAACACCGUCGGAGACUCUUGCAAAAAUCUUAUCUGGAGAACAAAUAAUAUCAAGUCCUUACAAGUUUUCUUUUAACAAAGAAGAAACAUGUAGAAAAGUUUGUGUAAAAUCUUAUGCUCCAGAAAAUGAAGAUCAAAUGAACAAGCUGGCUUUUUUGAAGGGAGGAAUAAAGCAGAAUUACUAUCAUCGCUGGGUUAUUGAUAACACAAGAAUGAUAUGGUGUUAUGAUACGGAAGGUGGAGAACACUAUUGCAUAUUAGGAUUUCCAAUAGGAUGUUUCAAUAACCUAAGUGGCCAGCUGAAAGGCUCUUGCCUGCCUAAUAAUCCUGAAUUCAGCAAAAAUAAUACUUUGUACCUCUUCAACCAUGUUGAUAUUACUAUUACAUAUCAUAUGGAAAGUGACACAACCAGGAAUAUUGCAAAAUUGGUUAGCUCCAGAGUUGAACCCAAAAGCUAUAAACAUACAGAUGAAAAUCACCUAACUUGCAGUGGACCCCCUUUGGAAAUUCCUGAAGACGCAGAUAAUUUAAACGUGGUCUACACAUAUUCUGUGAAAUUUGAGGAAAGCAAAUCUACUGAGUUGCCUUCUGAAUGGGAUAAAGAAUUUGAGUCUUCAACUGAGACCAACAUUCUUUGGAUUAGACUUGUAAACUCUUUUUUUGUGGUACUUACCUUGUGUGGACUGGUGAUUAUCGUCGUUUUAAAGAGCAUCUGCAGAGAUAUUGCCAAAUAUAAUCGUGUAAAACUUUCUGUCUAUGACCGGAGCCAGUUUGGGUGGAGGAUGAUUUUUGGGAAUGUAUUCAGGCUCCCGCAAUAUGGAAUGUUGCUGUCAGUUUUUCUUGGUCAAGGAACACAAGUUUUCAUAAUGGCAUUUUUUUCUUUAUUUCUGGCUGGUAUUGCGUUUUUCACCCCUGCUGUUCAAAGUGACUUAGUAAACUAUGCUGUUGUGCUGUGGUUCUUACUGGAAAUCCCUGCUGGAUAUGUGUCUGCCAAAAUGUACAAGACAUUUAAGGGUGCAAACUGGAAGAUACAUUUUUUGAUGACAACAUUGUUAUUUCCGGGAAUUGUCUUCACCGAUAUCUUUAUUAUUAAUCUAAUUCUUUGGAUGGAAGGGUCAUCAGUUGCUAUAUCCUUUGGCACAUUGGCAAGUCUCUUUGCAUUUUGCUUUGGAGUUUCAACACCACUAACAUUUUUGGGAGUGUACUUUGGGAAAAAGGAACAGUUUGAGUUUCCAGUUUACAGACAUGCGAUCCCUCGUAUGAGCUCUAGAAGGAGUUUCUUUGCAAAACCAACCAUUACUGUUCUUCUUGGUAGUCUUUUACCAUUUGGCUGUAUUUUCGUGCAACUUUCUUACAUUCUAAACCGUAUUUGGUCUCCACAUAUGUACUACCUGCUUGCCUUCCUUUUACUAGUCUUUUUAAUUCUUAUGAUCUCCUGUUCAGAGGUUACCGUUCUGCUCUGCUAUUUUCGGCUCUAUGCGGAGGAUUGUGGUUGGUGGUGGAGAGCAUUUAUGACAAGCAGUUUUACAUCUUUUUAUGUUCUUAUAUAUGCAAUUCAUUACUUCUUUACCAAACUUCACGUCACUAGCAUCGGAAGUGUCUUCAUGUACUUCGGGUACACAUUGAUCCUAGUUCUUGUUUUCUUUCUUUUCACAGGAACUAUUGGAUUUUUUUCCUGCUUCUCCUUCAUUACUACUAUUUACAAUGUGAUGAAGGUGGAUUAAUGAAUUUUCACAGAUGUUUCAAAG